AUGUCUGAAGCUAUUGUGCGUGCAGCAGCGGAAGUGUUGUUGAAAAGACAUUCGAGUGGUAGUGGGAUAACUGAUUUUGAGAGCGAUGCGACAGGUACCUGUGACAGUGGUAACGAUUACGAUGGUAAUGACGGUAAGCGUAUUUUAUCGAUAUUUAUUAUCAUGAUCAGUUCGGGUUUUGGUUCAUACUUCCCUAUUCUGUCGUCGAGGUACUCUUUCAUUAGGUUACCAGACUGGUGUUUCUUCCUAGCGAAGUUUUUCGGUUCUGGUGUUAUCGUUGCUACCGGGUUCAUCCAUCUAUUGGAACCAGCUUCCGAUUCUUUGGGUGAUCCAUGUUUAGGAGGUACAUUUGCAGAGUACCCAUGGGCUUUUGGUAUCUGUUUGAUGUCUCUAUUUGCAUUGUUCUUCACGGAAUGUAUCACGCGUUACUACACUAACAAGAGUUAUGGGUUCGAAAACCAUGUUCACUCGCAUUUCCCAGGUUCGAGAGAAGAAGAUGAGGAGGAGGAAUGUGAUAACACUGACAAAUACAAGGAGAUGCUGGACGAAGAAAAUAUCGGAAUGGAAACAUCACAAGAGAAUAUUCCUUUGGAGGACCGCAAUCCUUCCAUGCCAGGCAAGAACCACUACUCCCACGACAAGACACACCAGGAUCCAUCAAUUGUGGGUACUCCAGCUCAGGAGACAGCAAAGGAAAGCUACAGAAACCAGUUGGUAUCGGUGUUUAUCUUAGAGUUCGGUAUUAUCUUCCAUUCUGUAUUUAUCGGUUUGUCGUUGGCGGUUACCGCUAACAAUGAAUUCAACACUUUGUUCAUCGUUUUGGUAUUCCAUCAAAUGUUUGAAGGUUUGGGUUUGGGGGCCAGAAUUGCUGAAGUCAAAUGGAACGAGUCCAAGAAAUUCACUCCAUGGGUGCUAGCAGGUGCAUUCAUGUUGACUACCCCUAUCGCCAUUGCAAUUGGUAUUGGUGUGAGACACUCAUACGCUCCAGGUUCCAGAACAGCUUUGAUAGCCAACGGUUGCUUCGACGCCAUUUCAGCGGGUGUGUUGAUCUACACUGGUCUUGUUGAGCUAAUGGCUCACGAGUUCUUGUACUCUGACAACUUCAAGGGAGAGGAAGGCUUGAAAAAGAUGUUAUUCGCUUUCUUCACCAUGUGUUGGGGUGCUGGUAUCAUGGCUUUGUUGGGCAAAUGGGCUUAA